AUGACUCCAGGAUGGAAGUUCUUCACCGGGGCACUUUGCAAAUGUGUGGGUCACAAAUCUCGUAGUGGUGAUCAACUGAGUACUUAUGAGCAACAAGUUGUUUGUUCCCUUCUUCUCAACAAACGUCUUGAUUAUGGGGCCUUCUUCUUUGAUCAGCUUGUCCAACUUCUUCGUGCCAAUGUACGAGCUGAUCAUGUCCCAUAUCCACGCUGGAUUGAUCUUGUCCUGGAUAAAUUUUUCAUUGAAGCCUACUACUCCCACUCUGGAAACCCCAUCCAAUGCCCACGUAUGUCAGUACAAAUGUAUCAGGAUGAUCCACUGGCAAAUGACAUCAACAUCUCUGAUCAGAUGCGAGAAUGGAUCGCAAAUCCAUAUACCGUUCCUUCACUAAACGCUGACACUAACGAAGGAGCUGAUGAUAACAACGAAAUUGAUGCUGAUCUACAAGCUGAAAUGCAAGGCGGUGGUCAUAUCUCCCCUCAACUUUCUCAUCAUACUAUUUCUGUCACUGAAAGGGUUCACUUAGCUCAGGGGGAGCAACAAUCUCAGGGGAAACAACCAUCUGCUCAGGGGGAACAACCAUCACAAGGGAUGCCACCAUCUCAGGGGGAGCAACCUUCUCAGGGGGAGCAACAUCGAUCACAAGAAAUUCUAGGUACUCAGCUCAUUCAAAUCCCGGCCUCAACGUUUAAUGAGCUUCUUACACUAACUCGAGACAUGAGUCAGCGUCUUCUACGUAUUGAGGCUGAUGUCAACCAACUGAAGGGAGUUCUUCUGUCAACUCCUUCCCCUGGCCCAAAUGAUGAUGAUGAUCAAAAAGGGGGAGAAACUGAUUCUGUUGAGCUUGGAUCUGAAGAGAACAUUUUAAAUCAGACCGAGCCACCACAGCCUGUGCACGACUCUGAGAGACCAACGGAAAUUGAAAAGAUUACUGAAGAUAGUGAGCAUGAUGAUGAAGAUGAACAUGAUGAUGAGUGUCAGAUGCUGGACCUGAACUUCAUUGAUCCCACUGUACCAGUACAAGGAGAAGACUCAGAUGAUGAUGAAGAUGAGCAUGAUGAUGAGUGUCAGAUGCUAGACAUGAACUUCAUUGAUCCCACUGUGCCAGUUCAAGGAGAAGACUCAGAUGUAGUUAGUUUGAAUCCACAUAUCAAAUCAGUGACAUUGGAUUCCAGUUCCAUGGCAAUCAUCGACGAUCCGACAUCGGCUUUCGCUUCAAAAGAAGAAAGUCCAACGAAGAUCGGUGCUAGGGUUAGGAGCGAAGAAAGAACAAUAUGGAGCACCUCCACUGAUUUGGUGGUUCAUCGCAGUAGUGGAGUGGUAGGGGCUAUUCUGGCAACCUCUUCACCACUUCGUUUUCUUAUUCCAGUUACUGUCGAUGAGAGGGGGAGGAAGUAGAAAGAAAAUGACAACAGGGGGUGUUUGGGUUGCUUGGUGUGUCAUAAAACAGUGGGAGAAAAUGGAAGGGGUUAUUGCCCUUGGCUAGCCGGAAACCACUAGCAAACACCUCUAGUGGGGGUGUUUUUGUUGCACCUCGAAGACAGGACAAAAAUAAAGGAGUGUGAGAGGAAAUAGAAGAAUGAAAAAUUGUAUUUAUCUAUGAAUAGCAUUUAUUCAUUUGUGAAUAACAGUGUAAGCAUGUGUUAAUGAGU